AUGGUUGCCUCGACAGGUGGUGCAGGUCCUUCGUGCUCCACGUCUGGGUCAGCCGUUGGUAGCGGAAACAGCAAUCAACAGCAGCACGUGGGAGGAGGCCACCAGCAACACCACCAUCAUCACCUUCCCCAUCAACAGCAGCAACAGAACCAUGGCAAUAGCAAUAACGAACCGGAUGGUGGUAUUGGCGAGUGGAAUCCGGUCGAACACGCGGGACCCUCUGGUGGUGGAGCAGGUACAGGAGGAAGUGGUGGAGGAGGAGGAGGAGGCGGCGGUGGUGGUGGUAAUGGCGGAGGUGGUGGCAACAAUCACAACCACCAGCACAAUUCGCCAGCAACGGGCGCGGGAGGUCGGGAGAACAACAACGCCGGCAACAACAAUGUGCCGAAUCAGGGCAACAAUCAGGAGGAGAUCGAUCGGUUCAGCUUCGAGGAUUCGGACCGGUUCGAGGAGGACUCACUAUGUAGCUGGAGUUCGGAACCGGAAAGCGUGUGCAACAACUGGCGAGGCUGGAAGAAACCGGCUGGUAUAAUCAAUUCCUUCGGUGGCGGAUCUAACCGUCGUUCGUCGGAUGCUGAUCCAACAUCGCUGACCGAACUGUCCGCACGCUGUGUCGCGUUCUACAUCCCAUUCGAGCUGGUCGAGCAGAUGUAUCCGCCGGUUCCGGAGCCGAUCAUGUUGCGCAUCGCCUUCUGGAGCUUUCCCGACAACGAGGAAGACAUCCGGCUGUACUCGUGCCUAGCGAACAGCUCCGCCGACGAGUUCCAUCGCGGAGAGCAGCUGUUUAAGAACCGCGCCGUCAAGGAUCCGCUGCAGAUCGGCUUCCACCUGUCAGCGACGGUGACGCAGACGCAACCGCGCAAUCAGUUCAACGUUGCGGUGACGUUUGAUCGUCGGAAAAUCUCGUCCUGCAGCUGCACCUGUCUCCCGACCACCUACUGGUGUUCGCACGUUGUUGCCGUUUGCCUCUACCGGAUUCACUGUCCUACCAAAGUAAGCCUUCGUGCGCCCGUAUCGGAGUCGCUGUCGCGCUUGCAGCGCGAACAGCUGCAAAAGUUCGCCCAAUAUCUCAUCAGCGAGCAAUCACAGCAGAUACUGCCGAUCGCACAGCGGCUGCUGGACGAGCUGCUGAGUGCUCAACCUACCACCAUCAACACGGUGUACGGGGCACCGGAUCCGACAGCGGGUGCGUCCGCCAACGACCAGACCAACUGGUACCUAGACGAGAAAACGCUGCACGACAACAUCAAGAAGAUCCUGUUCAAGUUCUGCCAGCCCACCCCGAUGGUGUUCAGUGACGUCAACUAUCUGACCAACUCGGCACCACCAGCGGCCGCCGAGUGGAGCUCACUGUUGCGACCGUUGCGUGGCCGCGAACCCGAGGGCAUGUGGAAUCUGCUGUCGAUCGUGCGGGAGAUGUACCGCCGGUGCGAUCGGAACGCGGUUCGGUUGCUCGAAAUCAUCACGGAGGAGGUGAUGGCGUGCGAUCAGAUCCUGGUGUGGUGGUUUAACAUUAAGCUCGCCUUGCUGGUAGGAUCGAACGGGCACGGUGGUGGAGGAGGUGGUGGCGGUGGUGGAAAGCACGGCAACACGCACAGUAACAUGAACGCGACCCAGCACGCGUGUGCCUCGCUGUGUGAUGAAAUCGUCGUCCUUUGGCGGUUGGCUGCACUCAAUCCGGGCCUAGCGCCGGAUGAGCGGGACAUGCUGCACGCGCAGUUCACCUCUUGGCACCUGAAAAUCCUUGACCGGGUCGCGAAGAACAUGGUCGCGUCGUCCUCGCACAGUAGCAAACAGCAGCAAAACCUGCGCAACGAUGCGGAACUGUUCGCUGGGUUCAAGCCCGCGAUUGAGGCGUGCUAUCUCGACUGGGAGGACUACCCGAUCGAGGGUGUUACGCACACGCAGGACACGAACCCGAUGUAUCACUGUCCGUUUACGUGCUUCAAGCAGAACAGUGACAUCCGCACGGAUGCGACCGGUCCGGGACCGUCCACGACGACCGGUUCGACCGUGUUGCAGGGUGGUGUGAAGCAGUUCCAGCUGAUGCCGCAUCAUCACCACCAUCACCACAGUUACCACAGCGAGCAUCAGCAGCAGCACUCGAGCACGAACGUGUCCUCGAGCGUCGGUGGAAUCGGUAGCAACACGGAUCCGUAUCGGAACGUCAUCGCCGGGACGAGUGGUAUGCGAACGAUGGAAGCCAGCAGUUCAGGAAGCACAAAUACACCGGUGGCAACGACAACCGCGAUAGUGGUCACAUCGAGCAGCCUGUAUCAGAGUGCUGACAGAGCGCAAAGCUCCUCGGAACCGUCAGCGAUUGCAACCGGAAGCGGUAGCACGGAGUACGAUCCCGCGCGUGGGGAUGACUCGAACAAUAGCAAUAGUAAACGAGCGGCAGCAGGAGAUGUAGGCAAUAAAAACCACCACCAUCGUAGCCGAGCUCACCGAGACCGGUUAACGUAUUGUUCCUCUAGCAACAACAGCAGUAGUGAUAGCGUACCGGAGCGCUUGGGUCAAAGCGUCACUGGUGGAGCUGGUGAAGAAGGCCACGGCUCGGUAGGUUCAGCAGCAACAGCAGUAGCUGUCGCAGUACGAGCAGCAGGUGGCAACCGGUCGAGUGUCAGUAGUGAGGGAUUCUGCGAGAAUGAGGACGAUCUGGGUGGUGUUGGUGACGAGAAACAUCAGCACUACCUUCUUCCGGGUGACGUGGUGAAGAAGAACACCGGCGGAAGUAGUGUACCACCGCCGAAUGCUACUGCUGGAGAUGGGAACAGUGCCGCUGCCAGUACAACGGCCGAACCGAACCUGCUGCUAAGUGUGAGCAAUUCCUCCUCCAGCUCAUCAUCCUCCUCGACGUCGCUAUCCUCCAGCUCGGCCACUACAGAUCUGGUGCAGAAAAAGAAGCUUGUCACCGAAGGCGGCGCUGGUUCGUUGUCCAGUGAAUCAAGCUACGAGAACAGCAUCCUGCACGAUAUUAACAACUUCGAAAUCUCGGAUAACAGCGAGCAGUACGAGGUGCUAAACAUCGUCGAGCAGCUGCUAGCGAAAACAACCGAACCGGACACGCCCAAGCCGCAGCAGGCACCAGUUCCCGAGACUGCCAAACAAAACAGUGCCAAACGACACGGACCGAGCGAGGCUGGUGCGGUUGAGUCUGCGACCACAGGUGAGAAUCUCACAGCUCCGGUUCCAGCUGGGACGGUGACCCGUGAAGAACCGCAGGUGACUCCCACGCAGCAACAGCAGCAGUCACAAACCCCGCAAACGAAAGCUCAAAAGCAGCAACAUCAGUCGUCGGGUUCCGGUUCACAAUCGCAGACAGGUCCCGGUGGGACGUCGGCGGAUGCCAAGCAACAGCAGGUGUUCUCCAACAUCAAGCCUUCCGAGGACGCGUGGGAUAUUCUGUUCGCGCGUGCCGAAGGAUUGCACGCGCACGGACACGGCCGGGAAGCGUGCACGCUGGGUGUACGGCUUGCGUCCGAAAUGCUGGCAAAUCCGCCGAAUCUGAUGAUCGAUCUGCCACCACCGCCGAAGAAGAAGGGCAAAAAGCACAACAUCAACCCGAUCUCGCACCAGUUGAGUGUGCUCGCGUCUGCCACACUGUCGAAGUGCGCCUUUCUCUGCACGGUGUUGGCGGAGAACUCCGAGCACUAUCAUCUGGCCUUCCGGGUGUGCCUAUUCGGGCUGGAGAUGUCCCGACCACCGGCGAGCACUAAACCGCUGGAGGUGAAGCUCGCCAACCAGGAGUCGGAUUUGCUGGCGCUGUUAAAGCGCAUCCCACUCGGCAGUCAGGAGUUGAAGAGUAUCCGCGAUCGAGCGGAACAACUACGCGAUGGGACGCUAAAGUCUCGCGGUGAGGCCUUGCUGCCGAUCAUGCUGGCCAGCUUCAUCUUCGAUGCGCUCGUGAUGCCUUCCGUGGUUGGGCGGGAAAACCGCAUCAAGAUCAUGAGCAGCAGCUUCCGCUUCCCGACCGACGAGAACGUUGGAUUUGAGGCGGCCGUGGCCGCUCUCGGGCUGAAAGCGAACGUGUCGGAAGCGGAACAUCCGCUACUGUGCGAAGGCACACGUCGGCAACGAGGAGAUCUCGCGCAGACGCUGCUAUCGUACUAUAAGGACGAACCACGCAAGAUCUGCCGGAUCAUGGAGAAGCUGCUUGAUCGCGAGAUUCACGUCCUGAUCAAGACACCCCUGUUGCCGUCGUAUUAUUCCAACAAUCCGCCCACACGCAGCCAGACGUCGCAGAUGCGCAUGGAUGAGUACGAGGCUGGUGGUAAUAAUGGAGCUGCCAGCACCGGUGGCGGACACAAUCAGCACCAACAGCAUUUGCAAGCAUAUGGUGGAGGUCGUAGCAGCAGCAGCACUGGCAACUCGGAAACACAACCACCUGCAGGUGCCGUAGCUUCUGCAGCACAACCGACGACAACGCAGGGUCCGGAGUUCUUGCUGGCUAGUGGUAGUCGACCACAGAGCAGUACAAGCGCCGAGAUAGAGCUCGGUAUCGGUGCGCUAAACCUCGGUAGUGGCAGUGGAACGGCAAAUACCGGUGCGAACGGAUCGAGUGGAACUGGGAACACCUGCAACACAGCGGCUAACAUCACUCCAGGUAUGCUGCCGGGUUCAACGAGCACUACAACAACCGGAAGUAACGCCACAACGAGUGGCAGUGGAACCGCUACUACUGGUGCAGGUGGUGCAGGAACAUCGUCCACCACAGCAACGACGGGUUCGGUGACAUCAACCCGCUCGAAAGACUCCCGAUACAAGGGCAAACGGGCGUAUCCAUCCAUCCCGAAUCAACCGUCGGAAGCGAGUGCUCACUUUAUGUUCGAACUAGCAAAGAAUGUCCUAACAAAGGCAGGCGGUACAUCCGCUACGUCGUUGUUCACACAAGCAUCAACCACACAGAACCAUCAGGGGCCACACCGAGGAUUGCACAUGUGCGCCUUCCAGCUUGGACUGUACGCUCUUGGUCUCCAUAACUGCGUCAGUCCGAACUGGUUGUCACGCACGUACUCCUCACAUGUCUCGUGGGUCAUCGGACAAGCGAUGGACAUCGGUGCGCCGGCCAUUUCGUUCCUCAUCGACACGUGGGAGGGUCAUCUGACGCCACCGGAAGCGGCCGGUAUGGCGGACCGUGCGUCAUCACGUGGUUGGGACAGUAACAUGGUAAACCCGGCUGCUGAGCUCGCACUUUCGGUGUUACCACACGCGGCCGCACUCAACCCGAACGAGAUACAGCGUGCGAUUCUGCAGUGUAAGGAGCAGAGUGACCGGAUGCUGGAGAGGGCCUGCUUCACCGUUGAAUCCGCGGCCAAGGGUGGUGGCGUGUAUCCGGAGGUGUUGUUCCAGGUGUCGCGUUACUGGUAUGAGCUGUAUCUCCGCAACACACUCGGUGGUGACAUGGAACCGGAUGAACAGCACGACGUCGUCGUCAAUUUGAUGCAGUUGAUCGAGCCUGGUGGUGAUGGCGGUAUGCUUGGUGGUUCUGGAGCGGGUGGUGUGCCAUCACAACCCCCUGGUGGACCUGCAGGAGGUGUACCACCUCCAGUUGGUGGUGGUGGUGGAGGUGGUGCAACACCUCAACAACCUUAUCCCCUGCAACACCAAGCCGUGUCGGGUUUGGCUCCAAUCGGAAUGUCACCAUAUGGUGGCUAUGGCUACGGAUCUAUCUAUCAUCACCAGAACCUACCGUACGGACACACGACGAACCCGAUACACCCGAUGUAUAUGUCGACACCACCCCAGUUCCAAUACCCACCACCGCCACCGCCAGGAAGCCACGGAGGACAACCCCAACAACCGCAACCUCCAGCCGUGGGCUAUGGACAGCAGCAGCAACAACCGCCACAACAACCACCUGGUCCCAUGAAUCCGGCAGCCAUGGCCGCGUACCAAUCCAUGCAACCACACGGUGUUCCUCCACAGGGCUAUGGUACACCUCCACAGUACCAGGGCGUACCAGGAGUACCAGUGCAACCUCCCGGUCCACCUAACAACCCCGGUCAGAUGCAGCCAAACCUGCAGCAGUUCUACGGAGGUCCGCAAGCUGCCGUAGCCGCCGCAAUGCAGCAUCAACAGCAGCAGCAAAUGUCCGGCGCGCAACCGGUACAGAUCGGUGGACCUCAGGGGCCACCAUUACCACCGGGUGUUGCAGCCGCUGCUGCCGCCGCAGCGGCCGCACAGCAACAGGGACAAGUCGGGGCACCGAUGGUACCGGGAGGACCGCAAGGUUUAGCUGCCACGCAGCAAGGACCCGCCGGUGGCAUGCCCGGCAUCGGCCCGGGUGGCAACAGUUUGCGUCCACAGCAUGCCGGAGGUGUUGGAGGUGGUCCGCAGUAUGGUUCCGUGUACGGGCCAGCACCUGUGACUGCAGGCUCAGGAACAGGUUUGCCACCACCACCGCCGCAAUCCGGUUCGGGCAGUUCCGGUGCGCAGGUGCGAGCACGCCAUCCUCAUCAGUUUAGCCCAACACAGCUGCGCUAUCUGCUCGCCACGUACAACACCGGUAUGUUGGCUCUCGAGACGUUGGCUCGGCGUGUGCACGACGAUCGGCCACAGGCUAAGUACGCCCGCAAUCCGCCUUACGGAGAUGAUGUGAAGUGGUUGCUGCGUAUCUCGAAGAAGCUCGGCACGCAGUAUCUGCACCAGUUCUGCAUCUGCGUCGUCAACUCGAUCGUUAGCCCGUUCGUGCUGCAUGAGGUCGCCAUCGAGUCGGCCCACUAUCUGGCUCGUAAUAAUCCUGCGCUUGUUAUGCAUCACCUGCGGUCGGCUCUAACGCCGCUCAUGAACAAAUGCCAGAGCAUGUACUUCCAAUGUAUUCAUCAAAAAUUAUACCAUUUAACAAUGUCGGAUUACGAAGAUUUUACCAGCACUAUCCUGUCUGCACGAAAUGCGUUCCACAUAACACCCGAGGGCAAUGCUCAGUUUAAGGAUUGGCUGCAGUCUAUUAAAAGGUCGAAGUCCUGCAAGAAGGAACUAUGGACGCAAAUAAACGCCGCGCUCAACUCUAAAUGA